GAUAGAGAGAGAUUUCAAAACGAAAAUCCAGAGAAAGGGUCUUGCCAGUUUAGGGCAUCCUUGUGGGUGAGAGAGCGAUUGAGAGAUUUCAAAAGGUCAGUGUGUGAGUUUUCGAAUUUUCACAAUGAAUCUAAAAAAAGAAGAUAAAUUUAGUUUCAUUUGUUUCUUAAUCGGAGAGAAAUUUGUAUGCCCCAAAAACAAAAAUGAUGAAUUGGUGUUUGAUGAUGAUAAUUGUGUGUGAGAAAGAGAUGUGCUUGUGGUUUGCAGGAGGAAGAGGAAGAUACGAGUGUGAGAGAGAUUUAGAGGGAGAGAAGAAAGAGAGAUUCUUUUUGAGUGUGUUAGGGUUUCAUUUCCUCUGCAGAUCUACAUUUAUCUCUUCUCAUGGAACGGAAGCUUGUGGUUUUGGGAAUCCCGUGGGAUAUUGAUUCCGAUGGGCUUAAGGAUUACAUGUCAAAAUUUGGAGACUUGGAGGAUUGUAUUGUCAUGAAGGAUCGAUCAACUGGAAGAUCUCGUGGAUUUGGAUAUGUCACUUUUGCUUCAGCUGAAGAUGCAAAGAAUGCUUUGAAAGGUGAACACUUUUUAGGGAACAGGAUCUUGGAAGUUAAAGUGGCUACACCAAAGGAAGAGAUGAGACAGCCUGCAAAAAAAGUGACGAGGAUCUUCGUUGCUCGAAUCCCUUCAUCAGUCUCUGAAUCAGAUUUCCGAAGCCAUUUUGAGAGGUAUGGGGAAAUAACAGACUUAUACAUGCCUAAGGACUACAACUCGAAGCAGCACCGAGGAAUAGGGUUUAUCACAUUCUCUAGUGCUGAUUCAGUGGAGGAUCUGAUGGAGGACACUCAUGAUCUGGGAGGUACAACAGUUGCUGUUGAUCGGGCAACACCAAAAGAGGAUGAUCAUCCGCCUAGGCCACCGCCAGUGGCUAGAAUGUCGCGCCCACCCGUGGCUAUUGCAGGUGGAUUUGGAGCUCCAGGUGGUUAUGGAGCUUAUGAUGCUUACAUUUCUGCAGCUACAAGAUACGCAGCGCUUGGUGCCCCUACUUUGUAUGAUAAUCCCGCCACGUUUUAUGGAAGAGGGGAACCAACCACAAGGGGAAUAGGAAACAAGAUCUUUGUUGGACGGCUUCCUCAAGAAGCAUCCGUUGAUGAUCUUCGCGAUUAUUUUGGGAGAUUUGGCCAUAUUCAAGAUGCUUAUAUUCCAAAGGACCCAAAGAGAAGUGGACAUAGAGGUUUUGGAUUUGUUACCUUUGCUGAAAAUGGUGUUGCAGAUCGUGUAGCCCGAAGAUCUCAUGAAAUCUGUGGACAAGAGGUAGCAAUAGAUUCAGCAACGCCUCUUGAUGAAGCUGGACCUAGCGCUGGCGCAAGUUCCAUGUUAAGUUCUUCUCGUCCUGAAUAUUUUGGUGGCUAUGGAGGUCCUAUGCGCGCAUUUGGUCGAAUGUAUGGAGGCAUGAGCUUGGACGAUUGGGGAUAUGGAAUGCCAAACGCAAGACCAUCAAGACCAGACCGGAGGUACCGGCCAUACUAAUGCAGCAGACCAACAUUUCAUUAGCUUUGGCUUUGUCUUUUUAUAGAAACUUCACUUUGUCAGAUCUAUUUUAAUUGAAGCUUUUGUUUAUGUUUUACCCUCGGAACCAGUGAACCUACUUUGUGUGGUGUAUUAUGCAAACAAGUAAAAAGUUGGAACAGAGAAAGCUUUACAAG